AUGAAAGCUUUCGAAAGUGAUUCUGACAAUGGUGAUUGGGAAUCACAAUCUGACGAAGACGAUGAUAACGAUACCAAAGAUAUUACUAUGCGAAAGAAGGCCGAACAUGUGAAGGAUAUUGAUGUAGCUGGUGGUGAACUAGAAGGAUUGAAAGAAACAGCUGAAUUAUUCAAGUCUAAUAUCUUCAAACUCGAGCUUGACGAACUCCUAAGUGAAGUGAACGCCAAAUACGACAAACAUACCAGUCUUGAAAAAGCAUUACACCAUUUGAAGACUAUCUUUGAUGCUAUCCCUGAAGGCAAAGAAACUCUUUUGAAUGACUUUGAAUCUACUAUGGAAAAAAAACACAAGAUCAAGGUGCCAUUUCCUCAAGCACGACCAGCAAAGAAUUCUCAAUAUAAAUUCAAAUUUAUCAAACCCUCUGCUAUUCAUAUUGUUGGUAGUUAUGCUUUGAAAUUUGUAACUAGAACUAAAAGUGCCUUUAAUGUUGAUGUUGCUGUGGAAAUGCCUUCAUCUAUUUUCCAAGAAAAGGAUCAUAUGAAUAACCGUUACUUUUACAAACGUGCAUGUUAUCUAUCUGUUCUUGCCAAUGCUGUCAAGUCUUCCAAGAAAGGAUUCAAGGUUAAGUUUGGUCUCUUCAAUGGUGAUAUCCAAAAGCCUAUCUUGUUAAUUAACGGAUCUGGAGACAAAUCCGAUACUGAUUUUACCAAAACAAAGGCUAUCAUUCGAAUCAUACCUUAUAUCAACAGUGAAGUUUUCUCUGCUCAACGGUUAGGACCUGGACGAAAUUGUUUACGAGCACAGGAAGAAUCAACUGUCGAAAACCUCUCAUCUACUCCACAAUACAACGCUUCUAUUUUACAAGAUACAUCCUAUACAACUAAUUUGGCAUAUCUGUAUCAACAUAGCAAGAAUUGUGCUGGUUUUAAAGAUGCGAUCGUUUUAGCUAAAACAUGGUUAUAUCAACGUGGAUUGGCAACUGCAGAUCAAUCUCAAUCAGGGUGGAAUGGAUUCUUAUUCAGCAUGAUUAUGGGUUAUCUAUUACAAUCUGGAUCCAAUAAAAAAUUGUCCAAUGGUCAUAGCUCUUAUCAACUCCUUCGUGGUACUAUUGAUUUCUUAGCUAAUCACAACUUUGAAACUGAACCUGUCUUUCUUGGCACAUCAACUCAUGAAGCGUUUUCAAAAGACAAUUUCAAAAACAACUAUGAUGUUGUCAUUGUGGAUCCCUCUGGUACUGUCAACUUGGCGUCCAAAGUAACAAAAUCUGGAUUGGCUCAAUUACAACAUGAAGCAAAAAUUGCAAUGAAUUGUUUCAAUGAUUCUGUGGAUCGAUUUGAAGAUCUCUUCUUGAAGAAUGUUAAUGACAGCAAGUAUCGAUUUGACAAUGCUAUCAAGUUACAAGUGCCUGAUUCUCGAAUAGCCAAGUAUGAUGCGAUUGCGUGUGCGGAUGAACCUUAUUAUCCUCAGUUCUUUGCAAAGCAAGUUGGUGCUAUACUUAUCAAGGGGCUUAGCAAUCGAGCUGAACUAGUAUCUGUUCAGUAUACUUUACCUUCUUCUACGUGGGAUAUUGAUACAACAACCACUUUAUAUGACACUAUCAACACUGUAACUUUGACAGUCGGCUUGAUUCUCAAUCCCGAUACUUCUUCUCGAUUGGUAGAUCAAGGACCUGAUGCUCAAGACAAGGAAGCUUGCAAGGUGUUCAGCGAAUUUUGGGGUAAGAAAUCUGAAUUACGACGAUUCAAAGAUGGUAGUAUCUUGGAAAGUGUGGUCUGGGAAACGCAAGGCUAUGAGAACAAAUCCUUGAUUGUGGAGCAAAUUGUACGAUAUCUCUUUGAUUAUCAUUUGAAGAUCUCUGGACAUGCUAUUCGUUAUUGGGCUGGUCAACUAUAUCCUUUUAUCAAUUAUUCCAAGUCUGUACCUGGAAAUCUCUUCAACUCAAAGGUCAAUAUUGCUGGUUUCCAGCCUGUUAAUACAGCAUUCACACAAUUCACGAAACAACUCCGGGCAGUGGAUGAUGGUCUUCCUCUUUUGAUCAACAAUAUUUAUCCUCUGUCAUCAAGUUUACGUCAAGCUUCCGUAUUGAUUCCUCAUCCUGUGGACUUUUCCAACAUUGAUGCUUAUCCUACAUCAGCCCGAUUUGUUCCUGCUAUGGACGUCUCUGUACAAUUGGAACGCUCUGGGAAAUGGCCAGAUGAUCUACAAGCAAUGCAAAAAGUGAAGGAAGCGUUUUACAUCAAGAUUGCCGAGUUGUUUAAGGAAAGAAAUGGAUGCCAAUGUACAGUGGUACAUACAGAACAAACCAACAAUCCUUAUGCUUCGUCUGCCUAUUUGGAUAUCUUUUAUCAUGGAUUUGUCUUCCGAUGUCAUCUCCUCUUGGAUCAAGAAGGUGAACUUUUGAAUACAUUGAUUAACAACAAAACCACUCCUACUUAUCAACGUGUCAUGGCAACAGAAGCUUUGGAUGCAUACAAUCGACUUUUCCGACACCGACGUGAACAUACAUUCGGUAUUCAAGCAUUAUGUGCACGCUUCCCUGCUUUCUCGACGACAAUGCGCUUGGUCAAGCGUUGGUUUGGUGCUCACUUAUUAUCAGCCCUUGUACCGGAAGAAGUGAUGGAAUUAUUAUGUGGUCAUGUAUUUUUAUCUCCUCUACCAUGGACUGUACCUACAAGUGGAUUGACAGGCUUUUCUCGCGUCCUAGGUUUACUUUCCAGUUGGGAUUGGGAAACAACACCAUUGAUGGUCGAUUUGGAGGGUGAUAGUAUGACACCUAGCGUCCGUGAUACUGUGAUGGAGAAAUUUACCGCAUAUCGUGAGCAACAACAUUCAGCAGGACAUUAUCGGGCCAUGGUGAUUGCUACAACCAAUGAUGUGGAAGGGGAGCGAUGGUGGUGGAAGACUGGUCAACCUUCUCGAGCGGUAGCUAUGCGUAUUCAAGGACUUGCACAAGCAUCAUGCAAUGUAUUGGAAGAAUCAGUGCGUGAUAAAGAUCUGCGCCGUAUUUUUGUAACACCCAUGCAAGAUUACAAUAAGGUGAUCCAUCUCGAUUCCAAACGGUGUACUCGUUAUUAUCAAAAUAUGCAUCCUCAACGUGAAUUCUUGGCUGACUUGGCGUUAUCUGAACUUGGUCAAAAUGCAUUUGCUCAAUUAGACUCGGUAACUGAAUUAGUCAAAGAUAUUCAAAAUACAUAUGGAGAUCUUGUGAUGGUAUUUUAUGAUAAAUAUGGUGGUGAUAAAAUCGCUUUGGUAUGGAAUCCUUUGGAAACGACUCCUCGUCCUUGGAAAGUAUCUGCUGGUUAUAAUACUCUUCCAGUAGAUAUGUCAAAAUCCGGAUUUUUGAAACCUGUUCAAGGUGAAACUGUAUCCAAAUUGGCAGGUCCCAACAUCUCUGCAAUCUUGGCCGAAAUUGAACGACUUGGACAAGGUUAUAUCACUCAAAUAGUUUAA